UUCAGGUUGUGACGUCAGAAACCCAUGCAGUGCGUGACGAUGGUGCUGCCCGGACAUCGUGAUGCCUGCUACAAUGCCCUCAGUAACGUCACAUCCGGCGUCUGACCACGGCCGAACGUGGACAAUCAACCGGCAGCAGCUGCGGGACGUCUUCGCGCUCUGCGACCCGGAAGGUACUGGAUUCGUGUCCCUGGAGCACCUACUGCAGCUGGGACGCACGCACUGUGACGGAAGCGAUUCCAAGGAUGUGGAGUGUGUGCUGAGACAACUGGACCCAGAGCACAGGGGUGUGCUCGGCUACCCGGACUUCUGUCGCGGCGUCUUCUCGAUCCUGCGAUCCCAGCGCAAGCUGCAGCAGCGACAUGUUGGCAGCGAGACAAUGAUGGCGCCGAGCGUGUACCAACCGCAGCAGCACGACCACUUAGUGGCAUCCAACGUGGGCCAUAAACAGUCGCCACUACCGCCACCUAGCUUUGUGCUGACAUCUAGUAGUAGAGAGGAGGAGUCUCCGGGCAGUCCUCAUAGUCUUAUUAUGGCUGAUGAUGUGGAUUCGGCUAUAGGCGACAGUGGCUCACCGGACAUGAAUGGAAAAAGCAGUCAGUGCUCCAGCAUGUCUGACGGCGAGAAUUACGAGUGUUACGGCGAGGGAGUGGAGUUGGAGCUGGAGAACACGUCAGUCAACACAGGGGACCGACCUGGCACUGGAUGUCGCAGUCCGACGUCAAACCUCGGCCUGACACGUAACACGUGGCUUCGAACCAGCCUGAGGAGGACACCGCCCAGCCCGCAGCACCAGGAGGUGUCGUCGCACCGGCGUUGGGGAUCCUUUAGACACCCCGGAAAGAGGCUCGGAUCCAAUGCCUUAGCAAGCCAGCUGUACCGCAGCUCCAGCUUCAAUUCGUCCGGGCGCAGUUCCACGUGUGACACUGCAGAUGAUAUAUACUCGGACGUGUCGCUGGAAGAAGACGUCAUCGACCUGAACCAUAAGGUGCAGAUGCUUCAGCAGCAAGUGAGCGUACUGGCCGACAACCAAAACAACACAGAUGACCGCUACACCCGUGCCAAGCAGGACAGUGCAGCCCUCCAGGCUCGAGUCCAUAUGCUAGAAGAGCAGCUAAGAGAGUCUGAGCUUCGGGCUGAGGAACGUCUGCAGGAGGAGCAGAAGAGGCAUCGAGAACUCAUGGUGCGGAUAGAGAGAGAGAAGCAGCUGCAAGUUGAAAACUGCACUAUUAGGUUACAAACAUUGGAACUAGAAGGAGCAAGCUUACGUGAGGAAUGUACGAGGCUUCGCUCGCAAGUCGAACGGUUACGAGCAGAGAAACAAGCAUCUGAAGAGCUGAGAGGAGAGGAACAAGUGAUGUUGGCAGCCUUGAGAGAAGAAUUGCAGACACUGCGGGACAUAGAGCGGAGAACGAAGGAUGAGAGGAGGGUGAAUGCACAGUUUGUUGAAGAGCUGAAUUCAGAAAUAGACCGACUGAAGGCAGAACGAAAGGGAGCGGACAUUAUGGAAGCCCACAGUCAGUCAGAAUUGAAUGGGCAACUUCAUGAUGAUCUUACAGGAAGACUUCAUGAGCUGCAGGUCGAGGUGACCAGUUUACGACACCAGAACAAAAAUCUGCAAGAGACAGUUGAAGAACUCCAGGCACAGAUGCUGACACGGAGCUUGGAGGAAGGUCGUAACUUGCUGACAGGUGUUGGCAAUGGGAACAGUUUGGCUGAGGAACUAGAAGCAAUGUCUGCACAGGAGUUGAGGGAUAAAACUGAAGAACAAAUCACCCUAGAAAAGAUGAGGACAGCUCUGAAGGAACAGCAAGAAGUGAAUUCACAGUUGAGGUCAUAUAUUGAUGGAAUUCUGCUCAAUAUUGUUGACAACUACCCACAGCUCUUGGAGGUGAAGACUCACUGAACAUCAAGGUGUUAACAAGAGUUUCAGCAGCUUGAUAUGGAGAUCUGCUACCAAUUUGACAGUUUGGUUGUUGGUGCCAAGUACCCACUGCAGUUCUACAAAUCCCUACUGGAAAUUGUGGAAAAUUGUCAAGAGUAGAUGUGCUGGAAGGCUCUGCAUGUAAAACUUGUUAUAAUUAUUGUUCCUACAGCCAUUGAGCUUUCUUAUCAUUAUUGUCCUUCAUUGUAUGGGAUUAUUAACCAUUGCCACAGUCAGAGGUAAGUGUUUGAACAUUUUGAAGAGACUGGACCUUCCUGCCAUGAUGAGGAAACAUACUGUGAUGAAUAUUUAAAGCUCUUUAUUAAUUUGUACAGAAAAUUGUAUAUUUUUUAUGUAAAGUUAAAGUUUUGGUCAUGUUCAGAUAUUUCAGAAAUAUGUUGACAUUUGUGUUUGUGUGAAGUGAAGAGAACUGGUGAUGAACCCAUCCAAAUGACCUGAUAAUGGAAAGGUUCUCAGAUCUGAACUGCUCAGCAAUUUAAGAAGUUAUUAAUAAACAGUUUUGUUAUUUAAACUUUGUUGUUAAAUAUUAUGAAAUAUAAUUGACAUAUCACAUGUAAGAAAUUAUAUAUCUAUGAAUUAUA